GUAGUGGUUCAGCUCCCCAAGCUAUCACCUUACGCCUUGGAACACAACCUGCCGAAGAGACUAGAAGGGAACCCCUUCUAUGUGCUGCGCUGGAUCCUGCUGGAGAAGCUGAGCCUGGAGAGUUUGCCUCAGGAAUUAUUUUUCAGAUUGCAAGACAAGUAGCUCCUCUUGAGAGGCUGCCUCCGCUGCUGAGCAGGAGCGGCCCGUGUGCGGAGCUGGAAUACAGUGGGCAAAACUCUGGUUGUGAUCCCAGCCUCGCCACUGGGGGAUUUUCCUGCAGUGGGAAGAGGCAUGGAUGGGAGUUUGGUGUCGGUAGAGGGGGGUCAGCCCCCUCAAAGGAAUGUUAAUGGUGUAGGUUCCAAGGGCUCUAUCAAGUCUACUAAGAAAUCUAAAAAAGUUGUUCUUUUUUUUGAGGUGGAGAUCCUCGAUGCCAAGACUCGGGAGAAGCUGUGCUUCCUGGACAAGGUGGAGCCCAAUGCCACCGUAGCAGAGAUCAAGAGCCUCUUCACUAAAUCACAUCCUCAGUGGUAUCCAGCUCGGCAGUCUCUACGCCUGGAUCCUAAGGGGAGAUCCCUAAAGGAUGAGGACAUCCUUCAGAACUUGCCAGUUGGCACCACCGCAACACUGUAUUUCCGGGAUCUGGGAGCACAAAUCAGCUGGGUGACUGUCUUCCUCACUGAAUAUGCCGGGCCCCUGUCAAUCUACUUGCUCUUCUACUUCCGGGUUCCUUUCAUCUAUGGCCCCAAGUAUGACUUCUCCUCCAGCAAAUACUCUGUGGUACAUCUAGCCUGCAUCUGCCACUCUUUCCAUUACAUCAAGCGGCUCUUGGAGACCCUCUUUGUCCAUAGGUUCUCUCAUGGGACAAUGCCCUUGCGUAACAUCUUCAAGAAUUGCACUUAUUACUGGGGCUUUGCUGCCUGGAUGGCAUACUAUAUCAAUCACCCUUUGUAUACUCCACCUGCAUAUGGACAUGAACAAGUGAAACUGGCACUCAUCAUAUUCCUGUUCUGUCAGCUUGGAAAUUUCUCAAUUCAUAUUGCUCUGAGGAACCUGCGCCCUGCUGGCUCCAAGACGAGGAAGAUACCGUAUCCUACAAAGAACCCUUUCACAUGGCUUUUUAUGCUGGUUUCCUGCCCUAACUACACCUACGAGGUGGGAUCCUGGAUUGGUUUUGCCAUUAUGACUCAGUGCCUUCCUGUGGCUCUCUUCUCUCUGGUUGGCUUUAUCCAAAUGACGAUCUGGGCAAAAGGAAAGCACCGAAGCUACCUGAAGGAGUUCCGGGAUUACCCACCACUGCGUUCACCCAUUAUCCCCUUCCUGCUCUGAGCUGUAGGCAGUUGCUUCUAGAUCUGGGCUGAUGAAGUUUUUUAAAAAAAAAAUGUCGAGUGGCUGUUGGAGUCUAAAGUGGGAUUUUUUUCUUGCUGUCUGCACUAUGUUCAAGGAGUGAAGCUAUAGGGAUUCCUUGCUUGUGUAAACUUAUCUCCCCCACUAGCGUAUCUGUGUUCUUACCCCCAUUCCAAAGCCUUUCUGAGCUUGGGAUUUACCUUCUUUACAGAGCACUGUGAAGCCAAAAGCUGCAGUAGAAAAUAAAGCCCCUGGGGGAACAGUCUAAAUUUGCAGUGAACUAACACUGAAGUAGUUGCUGUGCAGCUAAUUCUGUAUGAGUAGGUGCCAAAGGCUGAAUCUAGGUAGCCUCACUCAAGGAGCAGACUUCUGUCCAAUGCAGCAGGCCUCUGCUCUACUGCUCAUAAUGUAUAGGAGUUGCCUGCCUCUCAGUUCAGCUUUGCACAUCUCAACUAAACAAGCCCUCUUGUGGCAAUUAUUGGUAAUAGCACAUAUCUGACUCAGCCCUUCUCUGUCUAGAAAGCUUCUGUAAGAUUUACUAGAGGAAGUGGAAAAGGCAAGGCUCCAGUAUGAAGCCUUGUCUUCCUCUUUUAUGCAGCAUGGUCUUGUGAACCCUUCAGUACUUGCUCCCAGAACAGCAUUGGUACUUGCAGCCCAAAUCUUAAAGCAGCUCCAGGGAGUGAGCAGGAGCAACUUCAGUGUACUCCUAUAAAGCAGCCUUGAUCAUGUAGUUCUGAUCACGCAGACAGGAAGCAUUAAGCUGCAUAUCUGGGGCAAGGGAGAUGGCAAGAGAGAACCAUGUGCUAGGAUUAUGCUCUGAGAGUAGCUGGUGGUUCCCUUACACCCAACAUGCAAGCCAACUAUGAGUUUUCAGUGAAAAAGCAACUGUCUCCCUUUCCUUAGCAAAAAUGAGCUCCAGUCACCAUCAGUCACCAUUGAGCAAAAUUCCUGUCUCUUCUCCCUGUCCUACUUACAUGCUAAGCAGAGGUUGUGUUUUAAAUUAACUCAGCUGCGUAGAAUGGUGGCUGCAAAGUAGGCUGUGCUUUGGACUGCUGGCAGAGGUGGGCAUUGAAGUGAGGGUCUGAAGAACCACUUUCCACAUAAGCUACUAUUCUGUGGCAGUUGCUUCGUGUAUUUUCUCUGAACUCAGUCCAGACUCGAAUCACUCCUACUUCAAGUGUCCCUUCCUUACAAAAUGUUUCAGUAGUGGCUCUGAUGCCAUGUGUAGGGAAAGUUAAACCCACACUUGCACUGUAAAUGGGGUGGGGGUCAUUUGAAACAAUGGUUGAAAUGUCAUUUUAUCACCAGAAGGGGCCCUUUACUCUUGCUACCGGAAAAAAAAUUCAGUGUUAUGAGACCUCGGGCAAUCUCUCUAUUCGCUUUUUCCUGUUUUGUCUUAAUGUUAUCAAGGUUGCAGUCCUGUUCACUUACUUGAGAAGAAGCCCUGUUGAACUCAUUAAGGCUCACUCUUAAGUAAACAUGGAUAAGAGCAGGCUGUAAGUUUGCUAUAGUCUUAUUUUAUGCUGCAUGUGAGCAGUAAGAUACUGGAAACAUGUUAGGCAGCUGUUUAAUGAGCCACUGACUUGCUAUGGUCUGUUUCAUGUGGAUCUUUCUUCCAUGUCAGAACUACACCAAUAAAGAUAAUCCAACCA